GUCCGGAAGUCGGCUCUGACGUAGGGGUUCGCGAGCGAGCGAGAGUACGCUUCCAUUUUCUCGAGCAUCUCAGACGGAUCGGAGAGCACGUGUCGCGUGUAGCCGGUCCUCGCGCUCGCACGACGUCGACUCGCUCGGCUGAGAGGAAGGUUCUCUUCGUGAGGCAGCGCUAACUAGCCGCGGUCGCCCCUCGCUCAGGCGCGCCCGUCUCCCCCCCCUCGUGCACGACAGAGGUUAAACCAUGAAUCCCGAGAAGCUCAAGAAGCUCCAGGCCCAAGUGCGAAUCGGCGGCAAGGGUACACCCCGACGCAAGAAGAAGGUUGUACACGCGACUGCUGCCACAGAUGAUAAGAAGUUACAGAGUUGUCUGAAGAAGCUUUCUGUAAAUACAAUUCCUGGUAUAGAGGAGGUUAAUAUGAUUAAGGACGAUGGCACAGUCAUCCACUUUAAUAAUCCAAAAGCCCAGGCUAGUCUGUCCGCUAAUACAUUUGCUAUCACCGGUCAUGGAGAGAACAAACAGAUUACCGAGAUGUUACCGGGGAUACUGAGCCAGCUCGGGCCCGAGGGUCUGACACAGCUGAAACGAUUAGCAAGCACAGUCGCUGGUAGCGCGGUCGGGAAAACCACGUUGGAAGAGGACGACGAGGUACCUGACCUAGUGGAGAACUUUGACGAAGCUAGCAAAGAGGAGGUGGCUCCUAAAAAGGAACUGGAUGAAAGUGACAAAUCCAAUGGCGAAAAGAAAGAUGCCAUUAUUAUUGAAGAAAAGAAAGAAGCCCCGUUAGCUACACCUGAAGCUUAAGAACGAAUGCUGAGGUACUUCAUACAAUAAAGUUGUAACAAAUAAGUAAUAACAUGAGUCAAGAGAUGCGUGACGCAGAAACAUUGAAGUAUAACUAUACAUACAUUACAAAUACUUGACAUACGCCCCAUGAUAAGCAAGUGCUAGUACAAGUAACAGUUGACAAGAAAUAAAGGAGCUGUUACAAAAAUCAAAAGAAUUUUCCGGAGAUUUUUCUUUUUAUCAUUUUGGUGCUUAAGAUAGUAUUUGCUUCGAGUUAGUCGAGAUGUUUUUAUGAUCCUCAAUUAUCAUGUGACGCUUUAACUAUUUAAAAUGUCAACGGAAACUUGAGCAUUUAACUCGAUUAUAAACUAUUGUAACACAAUUAAUAUUAUGCUACAAAUUUUGUUAUUAAUAAAUUGAUGUGAGAGAUGCACAGUACUUUUUCUUCCGGGCGUGUAGGCGUUUAAAUAAUUGGUUGAAUUUUCACGAACGUCUUGCGCACCGCUUGAUUUGCUGAAACAAGAAAUGUUUUAAUACACACAAAUUAAGUAAUAGAGAGGGGCCCUUAGAGCCAUGGCACUUGAAGAAACUUAAACAGUAAGACUAUGGCUGCUUCUUGACUGUCAUUUCCCUUGCGUCUUAAGCCUCGUGGCUUAAAUUUUUUCCAGCUUUUUAUACAUCAAUCGCUGACGCGAAGGUUGACCACGUCGCGGGGAACGGAAUCUGAAUUUGAUAAGAAAAUGAUAGGAACGGACUUGAAUAUGAAGUGUUCCUAAUUGUUAAGUACUGAUAUAGCAAAUAUGCAAUGUAUGUCUGAAACAAACUGCAAAUACAAUAUUAAUUACUUCUACAUCUACAAAGCAAUAUCAACAAGUGUCAUUUGUAUUUGUUGCUCUGAAUUGUCAUCUAAAAAUAAAAAUUAUUCAUCUUAAA